CUCGGUCUUCUUCAGAUUGACCAACCGAGUUAGCGAAGGGCCGAACGAACGAAACGAGGGGAAAUUGGAGGCACGAUGGUGAAGAUACCCAAGCUGAAGACGAAAUCUAAACGAAUGAUUCCUGCUGGAAAUUGCGCCCUAGAGUUGUCCGGCUUGCUCCAAUGUUGGGCUACCACGAGCGACGUCCAUUCGAUGGGCCAAUGUGCGGAGGCUGCUAAGAGCUUGUCCACCUGCAUGAAGUCCGCUAAAACAGUCAAUUCUAAAAAGACUGAUUCAAUCAACUUUCAUUUGGCACGGCUCGGAAAAAACUUUCGAUAACCCACAUAUACACCAACCGAAGCUGGUUCUCUCUCAUCGAUCGUCUUCGUUUGGGCGUCCGGGGGGCUCAAGAAUGGCCCAAGCAAAGAAACUUGUGAAUUGUUCCUGAUCCUCGUUUACAUCGAGAGAAUCCCAGUCGAACAAAUCAAACCUUCCAGCUGCCUCAAUCUUUUUUUUUUGAAGAUUGAUGAUCCACGUGUAUGAUCUCCUGUGGGAUACAUAAUCCAGGCUGAAUCUUGUGUUAAACUUGUACGAUUUCACGCGCUUCAAUUUGAAUAUUCUACCAAAAAAUAUCGGAA